UUUACAUGACCCUUUGGAGAAUAAAAUAUAUAGUAAUCUGCAAGACUUGCAGUUAAAGACGGCAGCUAUUUCCAUUCCUUUUUAUUUAAUGGUCAUCCUUUUCAGGUAAAUGUAAAUUUAAUGGGGAAACUGCACUUUUUGUUGGGGUUGCAAUGCAAUCCUCAUGUAAGUUAAGAACACGUUUUUUUUUUUCUAUGCAUUCCAAUUUUUAAUAUACAGCAAGUUUGACGUGGCUAACAAUGCAGCUAAUAGGACUAAUGUAUUGUGCCCAUAAAGCCUUCUAAAGAAACAUCCAGAGGGCCAACAAUACUCCAUUUACAUCUUAUGACCUAAAUUUUAACCAAGUAUUAGCGAUAUUUAUAUUUUUGCUCUCCCUGUGCUGGUACCUUGCCGUGGUGGAGAGUCUUGCGUGUCUCAAUGACCCUUGAAAGCUAUACCGGUGGGGGAUCACAUGCCGGGCAGGUUUCAGGAUAGAGGCCAGACAGAAAUCAGCACCCGGUCUUCCAGUUUGGGGGUUGGGUGUGAGGUUAACAACCCCACCCUGUAAAAAAGCACCAUGUUACAGAAAAGACGAGAAGGAGCCAUUCCGGUACACUAUGGCGGAGAAGAGAGGGCGCAUCCUUGGAUGUAUCUACUGUAUGACGGGGCCGGGUGAAAGCCCGACUUCUGAUGACCCCGAUCUUCGAAACCAAAGCCAACACCAGAGUAAGUAUCUGGAACGUGCGCACACUGUUCCAGUGUGGGCGCAUGGACCAGGUGCUGAAGACUAUGAGGGACUAUCGCCUGGACAUCUUAGGCAUUAGUGAAAUAAGGUGGACUGGGCAGGGGCGCCUCGUGAUUGAUGGAGCAACCGUUGUUUUCUCUGGGAAGCAAGACCACCAUACCAAUGGAGUCGGGAUCAUCCUUUCCAACUGUGCGGCGCAAGCGCUAGUGGGAUGGAAACCGGUGAAUGAGCGCAUUGUCACAGCAAGGCUGUAUACUAGACGUGCCGGAGUCACCAUCGUGCAAGUCUAUGCCCCAACCGAGGUUGCCUCAGAAGAGCACAAGGGUUCUUUCUACAUCCAGCUCCAAGCCGUGUUUGAUGAGAUCCCCAGCUACGACAUAAAGAUGCUGAUUGGAGCCCUAAAUGCGGAAUUGGAUGGCGACAGAAGGGGCCUCAAUCCCCCAGUGGAACCAUAUGGAUCUGCAAGCUCUACCAAUGACAACGGGGAGAUGCUGAUGAUGAUGCUGAUGCUAGCCAGCACCAACGGCCUCAGCAUUGGCAACACGUUUUUCAAGCACAAACAGAUCCAUAAGAUAACAUGGGUUUCACCUGGGGGCUGAACCCAAAAUGAGCUGGACUACAUAUGCAUAAACACAAGGUGGGGUUCAUCACUGCUAGACGUUCGUGCACACACGGGUGCAGUUGUAGGCUCAGAUCACUUUCUUGUGGUGGGUAAAAUCAGGCUGAAGUUGAAAAAGGUGCAAAAAAUGCAGCUCAAGAGACCCUACGCAGUGGAAAAGCUUAAAGGCCUACUGAAACCCACUACUACCGACCACACAGUCUGAUAGUUUUUAUAUCAAUGAUGAAAUAUUAACAUUGCAACACAUGCCAAUACGGACGGUUUAGUUUACUAAAUUGCAAUUUUAAAUUUCCCGCGGAGUUUCUUGUUGAAACUUUGCGGAAUGAUGACGCGUGCGCGUGACGUCACGGACUGUCAGGAAAUAUUAGCGCAGCACUAUUUGCUGCUAAAAGUCGUCUCUUUUCAUCCCGCAAUUAAACCGUAUUCUGGAGAUCUGUGUUGCUGAAUCUUUUGCAAUUUGUUCAAUUAAUAAUGGAGAAGUCAAAGUAGAAAGAUGGAGUUGGGAAGCUUUAGCCUCUAGCCACACAAACACACGGUGAUUCCUUGUUUAAAAUUCCCGGAGGUGAAGCUUUACUAUGGAUCAGAGCGGUCAAGCGAACAUGGUCCCCGACCACUUGUCAACCGGCAGGUUUCGGUGAGAAAAUUGUUAAAAAGUCGCUUCUUACCGGAGAUCUGUGGAGUUUGCGCCGUCCUUGUAUCUGCCGUCGACUUCCCUCCAGACACUGGCCUCAAGACACCCGCGGACACACCCCUCCGACUAUCAGGUACUAUUUAAUCUCACUAAAACACUAGCAACACAAUAGAAAGAUAAGGGAUUUACCAGAAUUAUCCUA